UCCAGCGGUGAAGAUAAUGUGGAUUACACUUUUUUUUUCUGCGCGCACCGCUCGAUCGAGUUGGACGUGUGUCAGUCGUUUUCUACAAUAUUAAUAAAUUUAUAUUUUGAACGUGUUACUAAUAGCGACCUUAAAGCAAGUGAUCUGUAGUUUAAAGUGCUUCGCAUUGUGCUGUGACUUACGCUAUUCUAUCAACAAUAAGUGCAACUAGCGAUAACGUGCGGCUGCUCGGUACAUACAGUUGUGUUCUUCAUCUCGCUUCUGCACCUCUUUCGAACGACUCAACAACCACUCUCAAGAUGGGCGAACCGCGCUCCCCUCAAGUACCGCGCCACGGGUCUAAUAUAACUGGUUCUAACCCAGACCUAUCCACAUUCGACUCGACGUCCGACCCACAAAAUAUAACGUUGCGUAAAAGGAAGAUUUCUGCCUUAGAUUGCGAAUUAACUCAAGAAAUCUCUCAAAUCAGAACUGAAAUGUCAACAUUUUUAAAAGACUUCAAAACAGCUAAUGAUGAAUUCAAAUGCACCGUGAGGUCGGAUCUCGUGGAGAUUAAAGACCAAGUGAAAACAAUUUCCUCAAAACUAACCUCAAUGAGUUCGGAGCAUGAGAAAUUCAAAUCUGAACUAACUGAACUGACUAAAUCUAUGGAAUUUCACUCGAAAUCCCAGGAUGAUUUAGUACUCAAAGUUGAAUCGUUGUCAACAAAGAUUACCAACAACGAUAUUGACAUGGAAUUAGCUGAUUGUAAAUCUCAAAUUGCUGGAUUAAAAAUGGAGCUCAAUAUCUCCCAACAAAGGGAACGAAUGAACAACCUGGAAAUCGGUGGAAUCCCAGAAAAAAAUAAUGAGGAUCUUCCUGCUUACCUACUCGCCAUUUGCAAUGUCCUGGGUGUAGCCAUCUCAAAGGACGACAUUAUCCACAUUCACCGCGUUCCCACAUACUUACCUAACGUCCCAAAAAACAUCAUCGCGAAAUUAAGGACACAAUUAUUAAAGGACACCAUCAUAUCAGCCAUCCGAAAAAAGAAGGGUAUCUCCACAACGGACAUCGGAAUAACAUCACUUGAAAAACCGAGGAAAAUCUUUGUAAAUGAACACCUAGCCCCAUUUUUCAAAAAACUUUACAAAAAGACCCGUGACAUUGUGUCAAAAUCUGACUUUCAGCAUGUGUGGGUGAGGAACGGGAAGAUUUUUGUUCGAAAAAACGACAAUGCGCCAUUGAUAAAUAUACAAGAUUACAAAGACCUAGAAAAAAUCAAAUGAUUUUGUUACCGCUCAUAGUGCUAACUUAUAACACUGGUAUUUAUUUUAACACAAAACUGAGUAGGUUUAGAUAUGCUAAUUGUUCUUUAAAGUGUAGAA